GUUGGCUGGACCAACGAUUAGUUGUUGAGUCUGUGGAUUUAUAUGUAACAUAAGACGUACUUUACGUCGAUACAAGCUAAAUAUGUAGCAGACGAGAGAAAGUGUCAUACACUGAGCGUCAGACAGAUUUCUAUAUUACAGAAGAAAAAUAAUAACAAGUUGGCGUAGAAAUAAUAUUUCCAAAUUACUUAAUGUAUAAUGGAGACUGAGGUACAUAUCAUUCAACCAAAUGAUCCAACUGUACCAAUCGUAUCAGAUAGAAGUGAUGGGAAUGAGUAUAUUGAUACUAACAUGAUGGCCGCUGCGAUCACAGCACCACAGUCCACUAUGUACUUGACUGUGGAACAAACAAUUAGUGCUACGAGGCGCAAACUAGAAGAACAUAUCCAAAUAGCUGCUCAGAACAAUCAGACAAACAACGAUGAGACAGCUCAGCUAGCUAAAGAUGUGGUUAAUAUCCCGUGUCCGUUGGGAAUGAAAUAUGCGAGGCUGGAUUUCCCAGUGUUACUCCGAAUGAACUAUAACAAACUGGGCCAGGACUCUAUCGCUAAGCUCGUAUCAGCACUCGGAAUACUGGAAAAAUAUGGAAUCAAUUUAUUAAAAGUAAACAAGCCUAAUGUAUGGAGGAGUGUUCGGUUUUCAAACGUGAUAUUUCGUACAAAGGUGGAUAUUGUCGAAGGUGCCCGGAAUGUUCUUCAACUUCUUGGAUACACAGAGGAUGUUGAUGAUGGAUUGACUUAUCCAGACGAAGUUGAAAAUCCUAAUAUUGCAGAGGUUGUUAAAGUAACUGCAGACCUCAUCAUAGCCAAACAUGAAAUAGAAGCUAUUCAAAAAAACUGCCACCCUCAGCCUGAUGCUGUGAAACAGUACAAGAUGCCCAGUUAUCAGAGUACCCCUGGAUCUGUAAGGUCUAUGCAGCAAAGAUUGAGUACACAACUGGAGAAAGUGCACCAGCAACAAUCUGGUAUGCCUAGCCGUGUAGUCGGUGGAGUAGCAUUACCAGGAAUGACAUAUCCCCCUAAAACAGUCUCUGCUCUUGGCCGACGUCCACCACCACCACCUCCUCAGAAAGAUGUCCCUUCAGGGUCUGUUACCCAGCCAACAAUCUCUAAGCCACCAACCAGUCAAUUGCCUUCAUCAUUACUUACUGAUACUCCAACUGGAGCAGAAUCUUCAAUAUUGGACAAUACUCUAGAAAUCAAAAGGCCUCCAACUAUGGAACCUGCUAUAGGACCUGCUGUUCCAACAACACAACAAAAAAGACGAGCCCCACCAAGACCCAUAUCAACAUUAGAAAACUUCCCACCUGACACUGUUGAGAAUGAAGCUACACUUUGUGACUUGUGUGGACAGUGUCCUGCUACAAAGCUGUGUGAUGAAUGUGGUGACAAGCGAUGUGACGAAUGUGACAAUAGAUGGCAUCAACACGCUGCACGUAAUUCGCAUCAUCGACGAUCUUUCCAGGCUGUGGAUAAAAAAGCUGAAACAUCAACUGUGGUGUCUCCGCCCCCACAGACACUGCAUAGAAGCAGGAGUGAUGUAUCAUUGCCUAAGAAGCCUGUCCCUACACCAAGGAAACGAGCAAAACCAAGACCUGAAUCUGUAUCAUCUGUGUACGAAAUGCAAAGCAAAUCUGAGGAACAAACAUCACCCAACAUUCACUUACACACCUUACCAAAAAGUCGUUCAACUACUUCAGUAUCAAGUUUUCAACAACCUCUUCCUGCUGUUGGCUCACAGUCGAAUGCUUACCUACCUGAGCUUGAGCAGGAAGCUCUGAUGCCACAACCAAAAGACAGAAGAGAGGAGGAGAGAAAGUUUUUAUUGAUGUUAGAAUUGAUUAAUAUUGAUAUAGAUCAAAGCCGGAAAAUAGUGCACGAAUUAAGAGACCAACAGGAUGCUAUGAAGAGGCACAAUCUAGAGGCAUGGCAGACUCCACAUUACCAACAGAUUGAGCUAGAGAUACAGAAGGAAAUGAAAAAUGAGAAAGACUUGAUGGUUCAAAAAUCUGCUUUGACAAAAGAAUUCAGACAAGGUUUGUCGGUGAUGGCACAAUCACUGUAUGGGCCCUUUCCAUCCAGUGUUGUGCACCAGCCUCCUGGAUCAUAUCAUCUACCACCUGAGCUAAUUCCACCUAGUGAUACCCUCUUGCAGUCACAUCUACCUGCCCAAAUGGUGCAACCACUUCGUACUAAUGCUUUGGGAAUUGGAAGCAGUAAUCAGUAUGCCUCAUUACAAAGACUGCCUGGACAAGUUCACCGAAGGCAAGACAGUGCUCACGAGAGCCACUUGGCUACAAUGCCACGUAGGUCUGUGUGUCCGUCAUGCAAGUAUUUGAAUAUUUCUGGUGUUGAGGCUUGCUCACAGUGUUCUCUGAACCUGUUGCCUUCUACUAAGAAACCUUCAGUAUUAAGCAGUAGUUAUCAGAAUAAGCUGCAUGACAUUCAACAAAUUGAGAUGAUGCAGACAAAAGAGUGUAAUAGGUGUGGAACGUCAAACAAAGCUGCUAAUAAGAUAUGUGCGGCUUGUCAACUACCCUUGUUGAGUAAAGCACCAGAAUCUAAGAUUGGUGGCAUGGAUUUUGAUCUACUCGAAUCACCACCACAGCCUCCUGCGCGGAGACAAAAACAUAAACAGAACCAACAAAUAGAAGAAGUAAAACAUCUGAUCCCCGCUGCUGUUACAGCUGGGCCUGAAUCUUCAAGCACUGAAUCAGCGAGUAAAAAGCACAUGUGGUCUUGCGAACACUGCACCUAUCUCAACACUAACCCUGAUACUCGUAUCUGUGAAGUGUGCAGUCGAACUACACAUAGUAUCCCCAUGGUAGGAAAACAAAAUGCGAGAAUCUCCAAGUCAGAUGGCAAUGACUCUGAUGAUAUACUGCCAAAAUCUGCUUUUAUAGCCCACAGCUCUGUGGAGAAUAUAGUAGACAAAACAAAAUCGGAAGAGAUAAAAUCAUCAAAACAACCAAUCUCCAGAUUUGUAUCUAUGCAGGAAGACCAGGAACAGGUGGUCAGAGAGAAAUUGCAGGCUAAAAAAGAAUGGCAAGAACAAUUAAGGCAAGAGGAAGAAGAGGCAAAGAAACAAGAAACAUUGACUGGAAGUAGAAAAACAGCGAAUACAAAAUUGGAUACAGAUUUGACAUCAUCUAUCAUUGAAGACAGUGAUCCUUUUGGAAAGAUCGACAUCGACAGGUGGGAGAAGAAACAACCAGACCUUUUGAAACUAGAGACACAACAAAUUCAAGAUUGGAAGAGACAGGAUCGACAGCAACAGGAGAUUAAAGAAAGGAAACUACUUGAAGAACAACGAAAUGAUGGGUUGAAAUUUAUUAAUCUAUUGAGGAAAGUCGAUGAGAAUACGUAUAACGUGAACGAACUAGAAAUUGCCUUACAUUUAUGUGACACUAAAGAACCUUUCAAAUGGCUACAAGAUGACUGGCCUGCGCUUAUAGAAGAAAUUAUCAACAUGUCAAGUAUACAGGCUCAGUAUGAUGAGCAAUAUAUUUGGGGUCGCAUCACUACUGAAGAAGCGAAAGAAGCUGCAUUACGCCACCUUGGCGAUGUCAAAAGAUCUGCAGAGGAAAGCUUAAUAAAGCGAAAGAAUGAGAUAGAAGAAUUCUUGGACCUUGGCAUUUAUGGCAGAGAAAACCUCUCUGAAGCUCUGAAGCGUAAUCAGGGUGAUAUUAAAAAGUCUAUUGCAGACUUAGAGAAACAGACCUUGGAACCCUUUUUAAACCGUGUAUGGGAUGAAGGUAGCGAAGUCUCAGUGACGAAAACUGAAGCAAUAGAUCAGAAUGUAAACUAUGAGAGGCGAAUAAGAUUAAUUUUGGCAGAGUAUAAAAUGGUGAGCUGGGGAAGAGCUGAGACUGCUAUUAAAUUGCUUGCCCUCAAUAAAGAAAAUGCUGAUGAUGCUAUUGUUGCUGCUCGCGAAUGUGGAGAUAUGCAGAAAGCUAUAAGAUUCUUAGAACAAUACUCAUGUGAAGUAUGUAUAACGCCCAUGCCAAUGAAUAGGUUGUACACCCUCUCCCAUUGUCAAUGUAAAAUAUGCAAGGAAUGUAUGAUUGGCUACUUUAGUGUGCAAAUCAGGGAGAAGAAUAUACGUCAGUGUUCUUGUCCUAUCUGCAGUGAACCAAACAUGGAAGACCAAGAAAAUGCAGACACAUACUUCCAAUUUCUAGAUGUUGUGGUUCAUGAUUACUUAGGACCAGAAAUCCAUGAAUUGUUCCAGAAGAAAUUGACGGAUAUGUAUUUAAUGAAAAAUCCUAACUUCCGCUGGUGUUCUGUGUGUGAUUUUGGUUUCCUAUAUGAGAAUCCAAACAGACUGAAGAUGACUUGUCCUGAAUGCAAGAAAUAUACCUGUUUUAAAUGUAAAAAACCUUGGUUAGAUCAGCAUGAAGGACUUACUUGUGAACAGUUCCAAGCCUGGAAGGAGGAUAAUGACCCUGAUCACCAGGCAGCUGGGUUAGCUGCACACUUAAAAGAAUGCGGUAUAGACUGUCCUAAUUGCAAUUUUCGUUACGCCUUGGCCAAGGGUGGGUGCAUGCAUUUUAAAUGUACCCAGUGUCGCCAUGAGUUCUGUAGUGGCUGUUCUCAACCAUUUAAAAAGAACUGCACUAAACUUCGAAGCUGUGAGAAGAAAGGUCUUCAUGCACAUCACCCUAGAAAUUGUCUGUUCUACCUUCGUGAUGAGUCUAUUGAAGAUUUACAGAAACUGUUGAAGGAUCAUAAAAUAAACUUUAAUGUUGAGAAACCCCAGGUAGCUCAGCAAGGAGAUGUUGGUGAGCCACAAGGCGCUGCUGCUGUAGCUAUUGUUGCUGAUAGCAAAUGCACGGUAAUGGAGCAGAAGGAAACUAAUGAUGGAUUGAUUGAUGCAGCAUGUGGCAAGGAUGUACCUAAUGGAUAUGCUGGAUUAUGCAAGAUUCAUUACUGUGAGUACCUGGUUGAAAAAAUUACAAGCAAUCACAUAGAUCCUGCCAUAAUGUUUAAAGAAGAUGCUCUGAAAGUCAUUCUAAUGAGAAAUGAGGUGCCUGUGCCAGAUAGAAACAAGAAGGAAAACGAUCAACAUUACCGACAACGAUUACUUUUGUUGGUACAACAAAAGAUUCCACUGGAAAAUCGUUGA